GUUCACUAUACAUCUGCUCAUUUCUCAGUUAUAUACUGAUCUUAAUGUCUGCAGCUCAUUUCAGCACAGCAACAGCGAGUCCGUUAUUACCAUCUAUAAGCACAUUUCUUCAAGCACCACCUGAAUUUUCUGAAGCUACCAGUACCACUAACGCUGCUGGUGACAUAAAAUUAUCAACAUAUACUACAGACAAAAUAUUAACGGCGCUCCCUCCAAGUUUGCCUGAUGGAGGUCAAAUGAAUUCUCGGAGUUGGCUGACUUCUUGCCCUGCGCCACUAUUGAAAAAUGUACAACAGAUAAUCCUGCAAACAAGGGCCAUCUCCGAGAGCGUUAGCUCCUUGAAUGGAGCUACGACGGUUGAUCCAGCUAUCUGGCUAAACAGUAUGGCGGAAAAUGCAAGGGCAUUACUCUACUCCUUGAAAGAACUCCACAGUGAGCACACUGAUGGCAACUACACCACAAGAAUGGAUAGCAGACAUGACUAUGACCUCAUCUGGCGUAGGCGGGUUAGCAAGGGGAGGUUUGGAAGGACAAGAACUCGGAAACGCAGUAAGAUAUGUACUCCUCAACCCAGGUGCCACUCAUGCAACAUCACGGAAACCCCAGAAUGGCGACGUGGCCUAGACGGUGCAAGAACUUUAUGUAACGCCUGCGGGCUCCACUAUGCAAAGCUUACGAAGCGUAAUAACCUCCAGGUCAAUCCGAACAACAAUUUUCAGCUUUCGCCGGGUGCCUCGAUUUCCAAGCGAGAUACCCUUUCCACCAGUGCUGAUCUCAACUUCAAUAAAUAACAUGUCACGAAGAUUUUUCCUCCUGCAGCUGUGGCCACACGGUAUAGGGAUUUUUUACAGCUCAUUUUGUACAUUGUUAGUCUGAUACUGUACCUGGAUUUAAACAAAACGCACCUAUAUAUCCAGAAGAUUUGAAGAACGGCGCGCAUAAAUCCAUUGCUAACUGACGCAAAAAGGAGAUGAGAGCAAAAAUCCCUGCAUCUGGGCAACCAAAAUAGUAUGGCACCGUAAAUGUAGGAGGAAUAUUCCAGAUAUCGAGCUUAAAAUAUUCCAAUCGUGGGUUUAUUUGUUGCUAGAGUUUUGUUUGUUGUACAGUACCAACAGCUCGUUUUAUAAACGAUCGAUACGAUAAAAACUCUACCUCCAUUGCCCCUUGGACCAAAG